UCCGUCUCGUACUAUAUGGUCACACUUGCCAGCAACAAAACACAAAUCUGGCGUAAUCUUAUUUUUAUAAAUAAACCAACAAACUUCCAAAUAUAAACCGGCCAGUGUGUAAUAAAACAAGAGUAAUCAGAGAGAAUUUGAGUCGCAGUUAUUGCAUAAACAAGUACCGCCAACUUCCGUCGUAUUUUACGGGUCACGUACCGAGAAUAACACCACCCCUCUGCCUCUGACUGACGUCAUUACUUGGGCGCAAAAGCAUGAAAACCCCCGUAUCCGCUGCUGCUGCUGCCAAUAGCAGUUCGGUUUCAAACACCGUCCAGAUCAUACCUAAAACGGAGCCCGUCGGUGAAGAAGGUGUUGUCGCCGCCCCCAUGUCGCUGGAUUUCCAAACGCCCGGCCUAAGCACCUCCACGCCCAACAAACGUCCCGGCUUCCUUGACCUGAACAGCAAGGGCGCCAAGAAUAAGCGGAUUAUAGCUCCGCUGGUCAUCAACUCUCCGGAUCUGCAGGCCAAGACCUUGAAUACACCCGAUCUGGAGAUCAUACUGGCCAACAACCUCAUACAGACUCCGCAGCCGGGCAAGGUCUUUCCCACCAAAGUGGGUCCCGUCACCGUGGAGCAGGAGGCCUUCGGCAAGGGCUUCGAGGAGGCGCUUCAGAAUUUGCACACCAACUCGCAGGCCUUUCCCGCCGGAAGCCAAGCUGCUGCUGCGGCUGCUGCUGCCGCCGCCGCCGUUGCUGCCGUGGGCUCCACAGCUACUGCCGUGAACAACGGUAUUAGUGGCGGUACAUUCACCUAUGCCAACGAGGGCAACGGUUCGUUCAUCAUCAAGGACGAGCCACAAAAUCCGGUUGGCUCACCCACCGUCAGUCCCAUCGACAUGGAGACCCAGGAGAAGAUUAAGCUGGAACGGAAGAGGCAGCGGAACCGUGUGGCAGCCUCAAAGUGCCGCAAGCGCAAGCUGGAGCGCAUCUCGAAGCUGGAAGAUCGAGUCAAGAUCCUCAAGGGCGAGAACAUCGAUCUGGCUGGUAUUGUGAAGAACCUCAAGGAUCAUGUGGCGCAGCUGAAGCAGCAGGUGAUGGAGCACAUUGCCGCCGGAUGCACAGUGCCCUCGAAUCCCACGGGCGCUCUGCUGACGGACAAAUAACAUUUGGACAUAGCCGCCGCGGAGCCGUUGGAGUUGUCAGCUGGUGAGGAAUUGGACGACGAUGACGACGGCGGCGAGGAAGAUGAGGAGGAGGAAGAUGGGGAGGCGGCACUGGACAAUGAUAAUCCAACGAAUCGUCAACUUUUAGAGCAGUCCAUGCCACUGGAGCUCUUCCUUAGUGCGGCCACCACAAGUGCCUUGGAGCUGGAGACCUCUGGAGGCUCGCCGGAACUCUCCCUCAACGGCAGCGAUUUACUGGAGGAGGAGGAUAACGAAAACGAUCAGCCACUGGUGCUGUACAUCCUCUCCGACGACGGAACUUGAUAGGAACGUGCCUUCUUCCUUGACAUCGUACAACGGCUUCUUCUUUUGGUUAUUAGUUGCAAUAUAUCCGGAAUGCUUCUCAAGUGUUUUGCCUACUUAGUUACCUAGUCUAAGCUAUGAUUAAUCGAGUAUUAUCUGAGUGAAACGUAAGGUAAUAUAUAGUUUAUAUAUGUUAAAAAAAUAUACGUUGUAUAUAUAUAUUUGCAUUAUUUAAUAUAUACAUACAAAAUUA